AUGGCGCCGCGCGGCAACCGCAGCACCAAGAGGCCGCCGCCGCCGCGGGGCAAGGGCAAGGGGAAGCGCCCCUCCGCCGCCUCGGCCGGGGACGACCCGUUCUUCGAGGCGGAGCCCAAGCGCCGCCGCGCCCGCGCCGACGAGGACAUCGAGAGCGGGGACAGCGACGACGACGCGCUCGCGCUGGGCGGUGCCGCCGUCGGCGAGGACGGCGAGGAGGAGGAGAAGGAGGAUGAGGAGACGGCCGGGGAGAAGAAGCUGCGGAUGACCAACGAGUACCUGGCCAGGAUCGAGGACGCGCUGAAGAGGGGCAAGAAGGAUUCUGACAACGACGAUUCCGACGAAGACUCGGAUGAUGCGCCGGGCAGGGGAAGCAGGGGGGUCGCUGGGAUUCUCAAAAAGAAGCAUCUUGUGGAGAGCGGCAGGCAGCGCUUGAGCCUCGCUGCGAGAGUGCUGCCGCCGGGCGAGCAGGAUGGGUUCACAUUUAUAGCGAAGCACCGGCAGCCGGUGACAGCGGUCGCUCUGUCCAAGGACAGUGACAGGGGGUUCUCGGCGUCCAAAGAUGGAGUCAUCAUGCAUUGGGAUGUUGAGACUGGGAAAUGCGAGAAGUACUUGUGGCCGACUGAAAAGGUGUUGGUUUCGCACCAUGCUAAAGCCCCCCUGUCCAAGAAGAGAAGCCAGCACAUUCUCGCGCUGGCUGUUAGUUCAGAUGGGAGAUACUUGGCUACCGGUGGCAUGGACCGACAUAUCCAUCUGUGGGAUGUUCGUUCUCGGGAGCACAUACAGGCAUUCAGUGGCCAUAGAGGGCCAGUCUCAUGUCUUGCUUUUGGGUUGGACUCUCCAGAGCUAUUCUCUGGUUCUUACGACCGUUCAAUAAUGCAGUGGAAUGCUGAAGAUAGAACAUACAUGCACUGCCUAUAUGGCCAUCAAGGUGAAAUAUUGACAACUGAUGCACUCAGCAAAGACAGACUUCUGACUGUAGCGCGGGACAGAACAAUGCAUCUUUGGAAGAUACCGGAGGAAUCGCAGUUAGUUUUUCGUGCACCUGCUGUGUCUUUGGAGUGCUGCUGCUUUAUUGAUGAUAAGGAAUAUUUGUCUGGAUCAGAUGACGGAAGCCUUGAGCUUUGGAGUGUCAUGAGAAAGAAGCCUACUCACAUAAUAAAAAAUGCCCAUCCAGCAUUAACUCCUAGUUCAAUUGACAGUGCUGAUGAAAAGUUGCCCAAAGAAAAUGGAACCUGCAAGUCUGAGAGCUUUUCAUCAGCUCAUUCAUGGGUUAGUGCUGUUGCGUCAAGAAAAGGUUCUGAUUUGGCUGCAUCUGGAGCAGCAAAUGGUGUUGUUCGCUUAUGGACUAUUCAACCUGAUUCAAAAGGGAUGCAGCCAUUGUUUGACUUGCCACUGGAUGGCUUUGUUAAUUCUCUUGCAAUUGCAAAAUCGGGACGUUUCAUCGUCGCUGGUGUUGGCCGAGAACCUCGUCUUGGAAGAUGGGGACGUGUUGCUGCUGCAAAAAAUGGGGUCGCGAUUCAUCGGCUCAGUCUACAAGAUGAUUCUGAGGUUUUGUAGGUACAUAGUGAGUGUAUUGAGAACCCUGCGGCUUGUUCAUACACUGUCAAGACGAGAAAGAUUGUGCCAACACCUGAGUGUCACACUUGCAGCUAAAAGAUCUAGGAAGGUUGAACCACAAGCUUCACACAUGCCACAGGUCUAUGAUGCACCAGCUUACCAGUCCAGGCAGCUAUUGCUGAAUGAUACAAUUUUCUGCGUGCAAGCGCGGAUGAAGAGGCCUUGGAUAGUUGGAUGUAGCAUGAUUCACUCUGUAAUUUCGGUAGCAGGUGUUAGUUCUGUAGCAUUCGUCUUGGCUCCUGCCUGAAAUGAUUGAUACAGGAAAUCACUGAAUCGCUGAGGUUCGUUUUUGGCAGAAGAACAUUUAUGUGGUUUUGGCUUGGGAGACGUUCUCUUUAAUAGCAAAUUUUGAUGGCUGGUAAUGAUCUUGAUGAAAGUGAAAUUUAAAUUAUUUUCUCUA